GCUGAUUUGGCUCCGUGAAAUGUUUUGCUCUCUCACGCUUCAUCGUUUCAUGAAGCCAUUUCAGGUUAGCGACGCCGCUCGGUAGCGAACGGCCGACUCCCACCAUGGCUCAGGCGGCUCCAACAGCUGCGGCCAACGCUUUCGAGAACGGCAACACUCCGAUCCAGGUGGAACACGACAAAAAGCGGCGACAGUUUGUCAUCAGAUUCAACGGCUCUCACGACCGGGCGGUUCUCCUCUAUGAAUAUAUCGGAAAGAAGACAGUGGACUUGCAACACACAGAGGUUCCGGAUGCCUACAGAGGACGAGGGAUUGCCAAACAUCUGGCCAAGGCGGCCAUGGAUUUUGUGGUGGAGGAGGACCUGAAAGCUCACCUCACCUGCUGGUACAUUCAGAAAUAUGUCAAAGAGAAUCCUCAACCUCACUACUUUGAUCACAUUUAUCGAUGAGCUGGGAGGACGGACGCUGACAACAAUAAACGGACGGUCAUGUGACUAGAUCCUGACGUGAGUGCAGGGGACACCGUGAUCCAUCUGUGAGUGCUCAUUACCGUCCACAACAACCUGAUGAACAGAACCAGCUGGCAGGGGCUUCCACUGAAGCUCACAGACUCACCAGAAUCCCAGCUGCUAGGAAUGAGUCAGCAUUAACUCUCACCCCUUUGUGAAACCCCUGUGAACCACAGCAACACUUGUUUUGUCAUUAUCCUUGUUGUGGCUCAUUUUGUUUCCUGUUUGCAGUGAAACACUGAGCAUUUGAGCAGUUUCACCUGAUACUUUUUUUCAUACAGGCCAAAACUAAAGCUGUAGUGUGGGGCAAAAGAUGUUGUUUAUCCACUCAGUGCUGUGUUUGACACCAAAUGUUAUGUGGUAGUUUUAUAAUAGGCAAUUAUUCAUGACCAUUUUCCAUCUCUGUCGAUGCAAAUUGACUUUGCUUUUGACAAUUCUGUGCUCCAAAGUCUAAGCAGGAGCAUUUUUAAUGUUGAAAAAAGUUGUUUUUUUGGUUGUUUUAAUCUUAUAUUUGUGUGAUAAUCCACUUUUUUUUUCAGUCUGUUCUGUAGUUGUGUGUAUGCUGAAUCUUUUUUUUGUCUUAUUUUGAAAGGCCAUCUUCUAUUAUCAAUGUGUUUAUGUAUUUUAAAUCAUUCCAGUUUACAGCCAAAGACCUAAACCUCUUCAGAUGAGUCGAUAACUACACUGUGCUACAAGAGUUUGGUUCCAUUUCUCAGCAUGAACCUGGGCAUUUUCCAUCGGCAAGUCGUCUGGUCGUAAAUCCAGCUCCUGUCGAAACUGUCGCUGACAGCGUGCUUUUUAUAUAACUGUGUUCAUGGUGAGCUCUGCUGUCGACAAUCUGAUGUGUGGACGAGAAACAACAUCUCAGGUUCGUCCACAGUCUGCUGGUGGUGACGUGGAACAAUAAGUACUUUAUUAAAGAAAAGUCUGAUUUCACUGUUUGAGUGUGAAAUGUAUAGCAAUCCUGAUGUUUCUCUGUAACCGUCUUGAAUAAAUUAAUGCAAUACUGA